UGAUAUUUUAUCCGAAACUGUAACUAAGAAAAAUGGCCAAAACAAAUAAAUCGAGCAAUUUAUUGUUCGUCUUAUUUACUCUUAUUUAUUAUAUUAUUUCAUUUGUUGACUAGCCAAACUCCGCUAAUUUGUGUUAAUAUCAUCAUGACAACUUCAUAUAUAGAGUUUAACAUUGACGAUUCAAGUUUAGUCAAUUGUGAAAUUGGUCGAUGUUCUUGGUCCACUGUAAUCCCAGUUUUAGCCGUUUCUGUUUAUAACUCUAGUGGUACAAUAAAACUUUUCAAUGAGGAUGGAAUUGUGAUUGAAACAAAAACUGACAAUGAUUUAUCUUCAUCCAUACCUGUUAAAUCAUCAGCCCAUGUCGCCGAUUUCAAAUGGCAUCCAAAACUACCAGUUUUGGCAGUUUCUUGGGAAAAUGGUGAUCUUGGUUGUUUUCUGGUCCAAAAACUGCAAUGUAAAUGGGUUUACUCUACAAGCAAUGAAGAUAUUUUACUGAACUCUAAAUGGAUUGCUCAUAUGGCUUGGAUUGACCCUGGAGAUAAGUUAAUUACAGUCAAUAGUUCUGGACUGCUUGUUAUUUGGGAUUAUAAUUCAACGACAAAUAUGCUAACAUCAACCUAUAGCUACCAGAUGGUCGAUCGACCAACAGAUUUAACUGUUGUUACCUCCAAAACUCGCUAUCCUCGAGUUCUGAUCGCUUGCAGUUCAGGUAUAAUUCAUCAGUACACUGUAUCAACAGGAUCCAUCAGUGAUGUUAUUCAACUUGAUAACGGAGUCCGUCGAAUUAUUUACAAUGCACAUAAAAACCGAAUUAUUCUAGUCACUGAUAACUUAUUCCUUUGUCAAUAUUCUGUUUCGUCAUCCUCUUUUGAGGAAUUUUCGGAAAUAUCGAAGAUUAAACUAAGUGGACACGUUAAAGGAACCAAUUCAGAUAUGGUUGCUGUGAAUAUGGUCGACGAAUCAAUUGGACUUAUAGCCAUUUGUACCUCAGGAGAGCGUGUUAUACGGCUAUGGCAACUGGAAACCGGCCAUAAUGCAGCCCUUAUGGUGGUUGAUUCUGUUGAUUCUAAUUGGGCUGGACUCAGUUGUCUUGAUUGCAGUGAAACAUUGUUGGUUGCAGGAACUACUAAUGGUUUAAUAAUCAUUUGGAAGCGAAUCUCAGGAUUAGAUUUUAAUAAGAUAAGCCAAGUUUCUGUAAAAGGAAAUGUUAAAACUCUUUCGAUUUCAAACACGAAUCAAAUUGCUUGUACAACAAAUAGCAACCAAAUCUAUCUGAUAGAGGAACAAUCAAUAAUAACAUCAUACCAUUCUGAUCUCGGCUUAGUUCAAACAGGAGCUAAAGCUUUGAAGUUAUUUUGGAUUCCGGAAAAUAAAUGUUAUGAACUUAAUUUGCAAAGUCCAAUUCGAUCAGCUUUAGUUAGCACUGACGCAUCUUAUGUUGCAAUUAAAUCAACUGGAGUAAAAGAUUUGAUGAUUUACCGCACCUCUCAUGAUCCCGAUCUAAUUCGAGAAGCAGCGGCUCCAAUAGCAUCUCACUGGUUUGCCCUGCAUUAUGACACAAUUUGGACACUGAAUCAAUCUAAUGAUGAAGCUUGUACUCUCCAAUGUUACAAAAUAUCAGAUCUGCCAUCUAAUAAUCCAUUUAAUUUUGAGUUGGACACAAGUCUGUUCAAAGAGAAACCUUCUGUGCACACAUUUGAUCUCAAUCAUGAUUAUCUUCUAAUUUUGCUUAAACUGGAAUCGCUUUAUGUUUACUAUAUUUAUCGAAUUGAUGGGGCCAAUGCUAACAUUGUAUCUGGUCCCAAAAUUUUAGAUCUGCCUAGUGAAAAUCGUAAAGAUUCAGUUGAUUCAGACAAUUUAACGACCACCAAUCGCUCGUUUUCUUCACCGCCUCCAAUGUCAGGGUCUAAUUCAUCAUCAAAAACAACUAUUGAACUUAAAGAAGUUAAAUUGAACAACCAAGGAAGCCAUUUUGCUUUUAUUUUAUAUGGCAUUGAUAUUUAUGUUGUUCAUGCUUCAAAUAAUCUUAUAGCAAAAGUAAAUCAUGAGCUGAGUGAAUCUAGCCGAUUAAUCUGGUCAACAAAUGAAAGUCGUUUGUUUUGUACUCUCAGUUCUGGUAAAUUAAACAUCUUUCUUUGUAGUGGCGAUAAUGAGAUUAGCGUUAAACUUUACUCUUCCAAGCUUGUUGACCCCGGCUGUAGAUUGAUUGGUUUUAAAGUUCCUUACGUUUUUUUAAUGGAUCCUCGACCAAAUGGCAGCAUCGUUCGUGAAGUUUUGGAAGAGUUUGAAGAUUUGAGUGGAGAAACAACUCGAAUAAUGGUUGACUUUCUUACAAGCACCAAUAUUGAUUUAAACAGUAUUAUUAAAAAGAUUGGUGAACGAGAAGGCAACAACAACAAAAUAUGGACCAACUUGGCUCGAAUCGCUGUUAAAUGUCGUGACAUUAAAACAGGACUCUAUUGUAUGGCUAAAAUGAAAAAUGCUCGAGUUGUUCAAGAUGUCCGAGAGAAACUAUCCAAUGAAUCGGAAGCUUUAGCUUUACUUGCUAUGAAUCUUGAACUUCACCGAGAAGCAGAAGAUUUUCUCAAGGAAUCGGAAGAUUCUUAUGCUUUGAGCAAAUAUUAUCAAAAUCGCAAUGAAUGGAAGCGAGCCAUUGAAGUAACUGAUAAGCUUCACUUUAAAACUGUUUGCUACAAUUAUGCCAAAAAUUUGGAACUGGAAGAAGGUAAUUUGGAAGAAGCCAUCAAAUAUUAUGAAAUGUCGGCAACUCACAUUUUCGAAGUUCCCAGAAUGUUGUUUGACAUUGAAGGAAAUACUUUAUUGGAAAAUUAUUGUAUCGCACAUUCAAUUGAAUCAUCAUCAUCUGAUAAUUUUACAAAACAAGACCGUAUUCAAUUGUGUCGGUGGUGGGGCCAAUAUUGUGAAAGUCUCGGAGAUAGCAAUCAAGCUUUGGAAUCAUAUGAGAAAGCUGGUGAUUAUUAUAAUUUGGUACGGCUUUUGUGUUACUCUGGACAAACAGAGAAGGCUAAAUCACUAAUGGCAGAUUUAAAUAAUACCGUUGGAACAAAGGAUAACCGGUCCAACAUUUUGGAGGAACCAACUGAGAGUAAAUCCAAUAAAGAUGCCGCUUUACUUCAUUUGGGUCGACAUCUUGAACCAACAUCACCCUCCGAGUCAAUUGGAUACUAUCUCUCCUGUGGAGCCAUUAACCAUGCUAUAAGAGUUUGCAAGUCAAACAACUUAAUUAAUGAACUGGUUAAAAUAAUUGUUAAUUAUGGGAACCGGAAAGAUGCCCUCAGUUUUCUUGAACGUUUACCCAAUUCAACAAUAUCAACCUUGAAGCAAACACAUGGAACAGAGGAGCCACUUGAGACCAAUUUACUGAUUCAGUUGUAUCAUAAAGCAGAUCUUGUAGAUGGUGCAAUUAGACUUUGCCUUGAAACCGGUCGAUGGACUGACCUUCGAGAAUUAAUGACCAAAGAAAUGGAAAAAUUGGAGGCUGGUUUACAAGUAACAUGUGAUGUUUCAGAAGCUACAAUUGUCUCAGCCCUUGAAGCGUUGAAAAAUAAUUCUGAAAUCAUUGAUAUUGUCAUUGAUUUGGUUUUGUUAACAAAAGGCGAUAAAUCUUUAAUACAAAAUCUUAUAUUGGAUUAUAAUAUAGAAAUAAAUGAAAAAUUGAUGGAAAAAGUUGAUCGUGUUAUGGCUAAAGAAGGUGAUAAUCGGUUGAUUCAAGUUUUAGCGGAAACUGCACUUCAACAAGGACAAUAUUUUGUUGCCGCAAGGCUAUACAAUUCAAUUGGAGAUCGAGUUAGCUCAUUAAAAUCUCUAAUACGAACCGGAUCGACUGAUAAAGUUGUUAACUAUGCCAAUAUAGCGCGAGAUAAAUCUGUUUACCGGAUUGCAGCCAAUUACUUGCAAACAGUCAACUAUUCAGAUGAUAAUUUAAUUGCCACUUUUUACAAGAAAGCUGGAGCCAAACAAGAAUUGAGAAGAUUCAUGUCCAGAGAAGGUCACUCUUUGGACGGAGAAACAUCUUGAAAACAAAUGGAAACUAAUCUGUGAAAAAUAUGGAAACUUAACCAUAAUCUAGUCAAAAGUCUAGUUGAAAAUUAAUUCAAUCCAAGACCAACUUUAAUUUUAUCUUCUAAUCAAAAUGAAUUUCUGCCAUUCAACAAUCCAAUGAUCUUAUUUUAUACACACACACAUCACCUGAAGUGCAUAAUCAUCAUCUUAUUUAUAUAACCAUCGGUUGGAGGAGAAAAAAAGUGAUUAAACUAAUUUGGUCGGUAAUGUUAAAGAUACUCAACAAAAUUUAAUCGCUUUAUUACCAGUGAUUAAUAUUUUUUAUCAGCCAAACCAUUUAUUAAUUUCUGUUACUUUGUUAACAAUUUUCCCUCUCCAGUUAAUCUUCAUCACACAAAACCUCGCAACUAAUGCAAAAGCAGAUAAAAAAACAAAACAAAACGUUCACCUUUUCAUUUAGAUAAUGAAAAGCGCCAAUAUAAAGUUUACAUGGACAGUGCAAUAAUUGGUAAAAUAGACUAUAAACUAAAAGUUUAAUCACUGGGACAAAUUGGAAAUGCUGAAAGAGUGGACCGAAAAAAAGGCUAUUUUGUGCCCAAAUAAAAAAAGGCACAAGUUUAACUUCUCAUGGGUUUCACAGAGAGUAACUCAGGAACACACCUAAUAAAAAAUGGUUGCUCAUUGAAUUUUAUGCUUCUCCACGAAAUAUCGAUCACCAUUCAUGGAUCACCCGGUUUCAUCUCUCCCACCUCCUCCUCCUACUACUCCCUCUGUGUUCCUCUCCCACCCUUCUCUUUCCUCAUAAUCUUUCUUCUCUUACAAUAGUUCUGUUCCAUCUUUCUCCUUCUUCAUCAUCACCAUUAUCAUCAUUCAAAGUCUUUCCAUAUAGGCCUUUAAGUCAACGACCUUUUCAAACCAAGAUCAAUCUCAUCUGGGUUCAACCUCCUAGGAUCCAUGAUGAUGAUGAAGAAGAAGAAGCAAGAAGAAAGAAGAAAGAGAAAAAAGAAUCAUGAUGUUGCCUUUAUUCUUCUCCUUCUCAAUCAUCUUCGUUUUCACCAUCUUUUCUUUAGUGUUAUUUUUACCAGAGGAAAAUAGUACCUCUAGAUCAAACCCAAACCAAGAUUAACCUUGCAAUAAUCAUUAUUGCACUUUUGCUUAUUACAUUUUAAUUUUUAUCGCGAUUCAACCAGAUUCCAGUUUCAGAUCAAUUUUAUACUCACAAUCAAUGUUAAUAUCUGUAAUAUUGUUACUUUGAUGCAAUAAUAAUAGUUGAAAUUAUUUUCUCUCCACCAAAAAAUAUGAUUAAAUACCAGCCUACUUUUUUUUCUUGCUUUCAACUUUCACUUUCACCGCACACACACACUCAUUCACUGCAAACAGACACAAUAAUCAACAUUUAUCAAGUCAUUUUACACUGAUUAAUUCUGUUUGAAGGUCAUCCUUGGAUAAUCAUCAUCAUUGAGUGAAACAUAAUUUACUUUUGUUUUGCUAUUUUCCCGUCAUCAACUGCACAAUUCAAUUCAUGAUCAACUGUAAACUCAAAUGUUUCUUCAAAUUUUGCAUUGACGUAACCCUGAUUAUCAAUUGCUAAAUUUGUUAAACUUCACAAUAAACCAACAACCCAAACACAAAAAUCAACCUUCACUGAGAUUCCAAUUUGCUCACCAAUACAGCAAAAAAUUAAAUUGAAGAACCUUGAUUGUUGGGUGAAAAUAAUAACCUGAGUAGCCAAAUAGAAACCAAUGAAACUCAGAAA